AUGGCACCGUCCGAGGAAUACCUCGAACCCAACGGGAACAAAUCGCUAAACAACGGCGACACCGAAUCUGGGAAAGUCGACGACAUCUCGUACGAGAAGGAAAAGGAUGCUUCACUUGAUAACGAGGAGAGAAGUGAGAGCAGUUUCCGCUACGGGUGGUUCGGCUGGCAUCCCAAAUGGUUGCAGGGGUUUAACAAGGCAUCGUGGCUUCUCGUUAUUCUAUGUGGUUUUUCAACUGCGCAGGUAAUACUCAAAGGUUUAGUAAUCAACGGGUACAUUAACGUUGGUGUAGCCACAAUUGAACGUCGCUUCGAGUUAAGCAGCAGUGCCACUGGCCUCAUCGUCAGCAUGUAUGACAUCACAUGUGCUGUUCUCGUCCUCUUUGUGACGUAUAUAGGUGGGCAGGGCCACAAACCAAGAUGGCUGUCAUGGGGGCUGAUCAUCAUGGGAACUGGCUCGCUUAUAUUCGCCCUGCCCCACUUCACUACUGGCCUCUACGAACCCGUCGUAGGUUCGGUCUCCGUCCUGUGUGGUGGGGCCGACUCGGGGGAACCACAGUGUGACGAAGACGGGGGUGGCACCUCGGGACUCUCCAAUUACUUCUACGUGUUCGUUUUGGCCCAGAUCUUCCAUGGGCUGGGGGCUCUGCCGCUAUACACGCUCGGAGUGACUUUGCUGGAUGAGAGCGUCACGACAAAGCAGACGGGUCUAUACCUUGGAUGGUUUUAUGCAUUUUCUGCAUUCGGACCAACCCUGGGUCUUCUCUCUGGUGGAGUUUUCCUGGGUAUUUAUACAGAUUUUUCAAAUCCUAGUAUUGAAGUUACAUCGUCCGACCCAGCUUGGAUUGGUGCAUGGUGGAUUGGUUUUGUCAUCGGGGCUAUUAUCUCCUACAUUGUUGCCAUACCAAUGAGUGGAUAUCCACAAGAAUUGCCUGCAACUGCAAAGAUCCGAGCAGAGAAGGAGUCCGAAGCCCACGUGGCCGGUCAUGAGGACGAAGUAACUAAACCGAGUUUCGGUACCAAACUAGCCGACAUUCCUCUGGCCGUUAAAUAUCUCAUGUUUAAUCCCACGUUUGUCUUCGUCUCCCUGGCUGCCUGCUCAGAGAGUCUCAUAGUCAGCGGAUUUGCAACUUUUUCUCCGAAGAUUCUUGGGAUCCAGUAUGGUCUUUCACCCGGUGUUGCUGCAGCUGUCUCAACAGCUCUCCAUAGCUUGUUACCAGGUAUUUUGGCAUUGCCAGCUGCUGUAGGCUCAACAUUCCUUGGUGGUUGGCUGAUCAAACGAUUUAAGCUUAAAGUCAGAGGAAUGCUUCGUGUGUGUAUAGGCUCUGUACUCAUGGUCAUCAUAUUCGCAUUCGUUUUACUUCUGAUAUGCCCACAGGAAAUAGUCGCCGGGAUCAACACAAACUACUAUGCAAAUACGUCAGAAAUACAGGACACGAAACAAGCAACGUGUAACUCUGGAUGUACCUGCGACGAGACGGCUGAUUAUAACCCAGUAUGCGGGGAUAAUAACCUACAGUACUUCGAUCCAUGUCAUGCAGGAUGUACCGGCUACUCAGCGGAUGAUGGGAAAUUUACUGAUUGUGCCUGCCUCGAUGUCACGGGCAAUCAAACCGACUCGAUGCUGCAGGCGACACCCGGUCAGUGCUCCGUGGACUGUGGCGCUGUUCUCCCGCUCUUCAUUGUCGGUUACUUUAUCACCAUGUUCUUCAACUUCAUGCCAAGUAUACCAGGCACCAACACAGUAUUAAGAUGUGUUCCAGACACACAACGGUCCUUCGCCCUAGGAAUUCAAUGGCUUUUUGCACGUCUUUUAGGGUCCGUUCCUGGGCCAAUCCUCUUUGGCCGCGUCCUGGACAGCUCUUGCCUUCUCUGGCAAGAGAAGUGCGGAGUCCAGGGCGCCUGUUGGUUCUACGACGUUAGGACUCUGGCUUGGAAACUACUUCUCAUCGCAGUUGGCUUUAAGGUUGUCAGUUUCAUCUUCUUCACCUUAUCACUCGUCUUCUACAAAUCAGCUAACGAUGAUGGAGAUAAUAAUGACGAUAAGAAAUCAGCAUUUGAGCUGGAAUUGACAGACGCCGUCGAGGGAAAGUCGCUGAAUAGGUUAGUUUCGUCCAGCAGUACCGCCGCGAUUGUGAAUAACGUCGAGUACGAAGAUGGGAAGUAG